AUGGUUAUCCUUAUUACUGGUAGCACCGGUUACCUUGGUGGUCAACUGGUAAAGGAAGCAUUUGCUCGAGGCCAUAGUGUCCGCGCCGUUGUGCGAUCGGAGGCGUCUUUCAAGAAGCUCGCUGAACAAUUUCCCGAAUUCGCGCCAAAGCUUUCUUACGUUAUUGCUACCGACAUAACCAAGCCUGAAUCAUACGAGGGGGCGUUUGAGGAUGUGGUCGGCGUAAUACACGCUGCGUCUCCGUUCAACCUCCAGCCCAAAGACAACGAGGAAGACCUCCUCAAACCCGCCAUUAGAGGCUCUGUCGCCAUCCUGGAUGCGGCCCUGCAUCAUGGGAAAGACGUUAAAAGAGUGGUGAUUACUUCAUCACACGCUUCUGUUGCAGAUGUCACCAAAGGAAAGCGAGCUGGCUAUGUAUACAAUGAGAAGGACUGGAACCCUAUCACGUAUGAGCAGGCCGCCGACCCUGCUACAGAUGGUGUUACCGCGUAUUGUGCCUCGAAGGCACUAGCCGAACGAGCAGUAUGGGAAUGGGCUGAUAAGCACAAAGGCGCACACUUCGACGUAGUCACAAUUACUCCGCCGUGGAUCUUUGGUCCUUACGCCACGGAGUUGACGUCCACAGCGAAUCUGAGUGAGAGCGUUCGGCUGAUCUACAAUCUGUUAGGCGCCAAAGAGGUACCUGAAUUUGACUUUGGUGGAUAUGCUGAUGUACGAGAGGUCAGCGCGGCUCAUCUCCUUGCUCUCGAAGUGCCGUCUGCAGGUGGACAGCGUUUUUGGGUUGGGCAAUCUCUCCGAUGGCAAACUGUGGUAGACAUUGCGCGCGAAGAGUUUCCCGAACUGAAAACGAGACUACCUGAAGGAAAACCUGGGUGGAUAGAGGAUGCGUAUGGCGUGGAUGGUAGCAAAGCGGAGAAGAUCCUGGGCUUGAAGUAUUUGACGCUGAGGGAAACUAUUAGGGAUACCUUCACCCAGCUGCUCGCCGCUGAGCGAGCGGAAGCUGCAUCAUAG